GCAAACCGUGCUGGUCCACAAGCAUGGCGGGGCUUGGCAGAAAUUGCGUACUUUGUGCACGAAAAUCACUUUUAUUCCACCGUUCCUGCCUUACCCUGACCAGAACGCAGAUCCCACUUGCUUCCGAGGUGGUGGUAACGCAGGUUAGAGGGACCAAACGAUGGGUGCGCCCGUAUUUACAGACUCUUCUGAACCGAAUCAACAAGGAGAACGAGUGGCUUGGCCCCCUCCCUCCCCAACCAAGGUCAUCCAAGAUCAACUGGAACUAUGAGAGCGAGCUGUUUGCCUUCGGGCCUCGCCUGGGAGAGAAGCUGAACAUGAACACACUGAGAGCUGCCUUCACAGACAGGUCAUAUGUGGAACAGGAAGAGGAGCGUAGACGAGAGCUGGGCCUGCCCCUGGAGGAUGUGAAGUUGGACAUGCAGGAUAACUCCCACCUGUCAGAGCAGGGCUGGGAACUCACCACUAACUACAUCUACAGGUUCAUCAGGGCAGAGUUCCCACUACUGCCAGAGGAGGGGGUCAAAGCCAUCCAUGACUACGUCACCCAGGAGGACAUGUUGGUGUGGAUAGCCAAACAUCUGGGAGUGAAAGACCUCAUCCGCUGUUCCACCUUCCCCGUUCCCCCUCCCGUCACCAAGCAAGUCUUUCUCGCCAUCAUCGGCGCCGUGAAGCACGACCAGGGCCCGCAACGCGCCGAGGCGUUUGUCCAGGACUUUGUGGUCGCGCAGCUAGUCGGGAAGGACGUCAACGCCAUGUGGGACGUACCAAAUCCCAUGGGGAUGUUAGCAGAGGUUUUACAGAAGGAAGGAAGGGGGGAACCGGAGCCGAGAAUCAUCAACCAGUCCGGGGUGAACACAGUUACGCCUGUGUUCUGUGUAGGAGUGUACAGCGAUAAGGAACUGUUAGGAGAGGCAUCCGGAGACACCCUGCCAAAGGCGGUAGAAGAGGCGGCACGGGUUGCUCUAGCUAACAUGUUUAAAACCCACGAAGGGAGGAAGCCACUUGCACUGGACACAAGACUCAAAACUAUGGCAGAAAUCACAGGAAAAACCCAGUAUCUUGAGAACAAGUCAUAAGAAACUGAGAUUGUCCAAUGUCUAAUCCAAUCUUACCGGCCCGAUAUCAGUUAAAUACUUGAAGGACGUUGUAUGUGGUCUUUCAGUCUUUUGGCAGGAAGCCACUGGCUCUGGACACAUUGAAGACUCAAAACCAUGGGAGAAACCACAGGCAAAACUCACACUACUAGUAUCUUGAAAACAAGUCUUAAGAAACUUUUGAUAUUGUCAAAUGGGUAGAUUAGAUAUUAUAAGUGUUUUCUAACCAAUCCAAUCUUAUCCUGUAUCAGUCUUUCAGUCUUUCGUAAAAAAAGAGUCCAUAUCUGUUAUACUGUAUAUGAGAUACAGUACAAUGUAUUAUGUUGUACUUUUUUCCCCAUUCAUUCACACACACACACACACAUGUACAACUGACAAAGUUACACAAAUUGUUGAAAGCACAAAAAUGUGUAUUAAAUGAUUCCUCCAACCUACAAGCUAGUGCUGUCUUGUCUACAGUAUUAUUUAAACAACUGAGCACGUUCCAGCA